CGACGCGUUUAACAGAGGAGACGGCCUGAAUCACUCACUUGCUGAGCACAAUGGGCCGGCACUGGCUCGCUUUGCUUCGCGUCCUCCUCCGCAGUCUCGAACGGGCGCAGAAGGCCAGUCCCCAACUGGCAGAACUCGGACAGUUGCACGUUGCGAUGUAUCACACAUAUGCAUUCGCCGAACCGCAGAACCUCAGCAUCAUCACGGACUUCGUGGGUCAAAAGCGUGGGUCAAUACAGUCUAUGGUGCUGGUCUUUGAUCUCCAGUCGAGAUUGAACUGUUGCACGGCGGACUCCUGCUCCAAAUACGUCGCAUCCGUGCUGGGGACAUGGAUUGGGGACAGCUUACUACGCCAAGGCACUGAUGGCAUCAAUAUUGACAGACGGCCUAUAUUACACAUCGAAAACGACUCCUAUUCCCGCGGCAUUCAACCCGAAGUGACUAUGGUAGCUCAACCAAACACAAGCAGUGAUGGAAAGUGCCUCCAUUUAUCGAUAGUUAUACGAAAAGAGCGGCAAUCAGGGACCUCGAUCACUUCGGCAGAGCUCUACACAUUGUUUUCGAUGGCGGCAACCCAAGCAUCAACACAGCCUCUUAGAAAUUCCCUGGAGGUGCGCAUGCUAGUAGUGUAUUCGAGAUGGGUGCAGAUUUUCACGGCGAGGACAACGCGGCUGUACGUUACAUCCGUUAUUCAAGGAUGGAAUGAAAUUGCGGAUCAGAUGGUGAUAUAUCAAACAUCGUGGUUCAACUUUACAGACAUAUCAUGCCAGCAGCAAAUACUAUUGUUUGCACUAGAAUGGAUCGACUUACAAAGUCAUAGCCUCACCAAUCCACGAGCGCCUCUUAAGGAAAUGGGUCCGAGCGUACGAAACUCAAAGAAUCUAAAGCGAAAGUAUGAUGCGGGUGAGUUGUAUGAGGUGGAAGAGAGCACCAAUGACGUAUAAGCCGCUGUUUUGGUCGACUUAUCGAGAGUGUCAGCAUACUAGUGCAAUUCUGUCACUUCGCCAAGUCAUCACAGUCUUGGGUGCUGAUACCGUGCUCCUCUCGACAACCUUUCGACCCUUACGGACUCCGUCAUCGAUAAUGUAACGCUCGUAAAACUAAUGAUAGAAGUCCUUCUCUCACGUUGGGUUGGUUGGUAAGGCAGGGGCAGGAAGCAAGAGGUUUUUAGGUAACCACGUUACAGCAAAGUAAUAACAAGUACUACAUUGCUAUGUUGAGUUGAGCACGAAGCAGUUGGAGAAUUCAGCAGAUAUGUCCGAAUACGAGAUUCCAGCUUCGGCUCGCGCCGAAAUGGUUACUUAUUUAGUAGAAUUCAUUGUUUCGCUGAGGACUUCCCUUCCACCCUCAGCUGAAAUGAUCAAUUCUAUGUUCAUUCUUCAUAGCCUUAUUCACCCUCAGUACUGGGGAGAUAUUAAUAUUGACUUGGCCUCAUCGACGAGGGCUUCGGUGGGGGGAUGAUGAUGGCUACAGCGACGGAAUGGUAGGCGGAGGAGCAGCGAGGAUGCGUGGAUGUGAACUCGUGUUACAGCUUCGAGAGGCCGCCUCUCCAAGCUUUGCCAUGACUUCCACUUGCAAGCUUAGCACGGCUGAAGUGUCAUCUUCUAAGUCGGAGAGCCUGACUUUUCGUUGGGGCGGACGGAGGGACGGAGGUAAUUGCUUUUUUUCAACGCUGGCUUCGACACGACGUUCGUCUUGCGGCAAAGGAGGUAGUCGACUUCCGUCGCUUUCGUGGUGGGAAUUGAGGCGUGAAUUGUUCCUUACACUCAAAAAUAACCGUGUGAGAGCCCAUAUCGAGAUUGUCCCUAUUUUGCACUCCUCUAGUCGACAUUGCUGCCUUUCGUAGGCCAUUCAUGCUUCGUGUAUCAUCGAACAUUUGAUUGUAUCGCUGCUGGAUUUCCAUCCACGGCAGUUUUUCCCUAUGCCAUCGACGGAUCAUAUCUCUUUGGGUUUGAGAAUAUUCAGUCAUUGCGGGGAUGCAGUUGGACGGCAUGAAAGGUGGAAGAUGUGGGGAUGCAGUAGGACGGCAUGAAGGGUGGAAGACAAUUCGAUAGCUGUGACUCUUUAUCAUGGCUAAGAAAGUGCCAAAGUAUGGCCCAGAUACAAAUCGAGUAAUUCUGGUCGCUU